CGACGAGAAACGAAGAUGAACAACAACCACCAUGUCGGCGACCUCCGCUGCUCGGUCGCCAUGUGCCCGAACGCAGCCCACUCGCAUGGCAUGUGCGUGGCGCACCUCCCGCGCAUGGGCCGCUCCGAGCAGCCGUACUACAUGGAGCACAGCAACCCAGGUCUCUCGAUGACGCGGCCGACGCUGAGCAGCGACUACUCGCGGGCGGACGCGAUGCCCUCCAACCAGUGCGGCACGCCGACGUCGACGCACAGCGGCUCAGACAACUCGGAAGGGCACGGCAACGACUCGAAGCUGCGGCGCGAGCGCAAUCGCAUUGCGGCGCGCAAGAGCCGUCAGCGCAAGCUCGAUAAGAUCAACCACCUGGAGAACGAGAAGGGCCGCCUCGAAGACCACCGCAACAAGCUGCUCAACGAAAUCCGCCAGCUCGAAAGCCGCAUGGAGGGCUCGGUCGCGACGACCAAGAAAAUUCUCACCGACUCGGAGUACGAGGCGCUCCAGCUCGCGCGCACGCGCAUCAUUGAAGACGUGCAUGCAAUGUACAAUGCGAGCAUGAUUGAGGAGACGAUGAAGUACUUUCGCGAAGACUCGAUCGUGAGCGGUCCGCAAAACUCGGUGCACCUGCGCGGGAAGGACGCGAUCGUGCUCGACUACCUCUGCACCGAGUGUCUCUUCAAGAACUUCCAGAUCACGCACACGCGCAUCGACUGCGGCGGGCCGCGCAGCCAGCACUUUCGCGUCUACUGGGUCUUCACGGGCACGAUCAAGGACACGGGCGAGUGCAUGAACAAGGAGUUCCUCGACCUCUUCCGCAACGUGCUCGACCGCGAGGUGUCGAUCGACGGCGUCUCCAACUACUCGUUUUCGGGCGACAAGAUCGUGUACAUCCACCGAACCGCCGACCAGGCCAAGUUCCUCUCCAACCUCGUGCGCAUGUCCAAGCAAGCGUCUGCGCACUAAAUUGUGUGUUUAUAUCUGUUGCAUCUUUAUCGACGUGUCUUGGC